AUUAUUCCGAUCUGCUGCCUAAUGACGAAAUCCCAGCCGUCCAAUUCUGGACUGUCCAUGUGUUCGAGCUCUGGAAUUUUAUAGAAGUCUCCCGCUCCAGCUCACCGUGAAUUAUUGGCGGCUUAGGUUUUACUCCUGUAACUAUCAAAGGAGGAGAAAAACCCUAAAAAUGGCGGAUUUCCCGUGCCCUAAAUUCCAGUGCAACAUGUUCAAAUAUCACAAUUUCUUCCACAUUUAUAAUAAGGCUUUUUUUUUUUGUCCUGUUUAGUGAUUUACUCUGCUGCUUUUUGUGCAUUGGAUUGAGGCGUUUUUUUUGUUAGAUUUUGCUCUGAAUUCAUGAGAAUGGAGUUUUUUUUUAGGUUUUAGAUUGUUUCUCCUGGCCCAGUUGAAGCAGGAGGGGGAGUUUGAGGUGUAUGUUACAGUGAAUUGGUGUCAAUGCUUGUUUGUGUGAAUGAGAUCUUUUGGUAUGGAAUUUGAGGGAUUUUAGGGAAGAUAAUUGAGUUUUUAGGAUUACAAUGCUUUGCUGGUAUUGAUUUGGAGAAAAGCUGAGGCUUUUUUGUUCUGUUGUUUGUUUCUGACGGUUCUAAAUAGAGCAGUUUUGAUUUGUAGCAAAUUUUAUCCCUUUUUAUUUGGGUAAUGCUUGAUUAAGUGAGCUUUAUCUCCAUGGAAACCCAGAUUAUGAGUCAAGGAUCUUUUGCGCCUUUUCCAAAGUGAGAAUUCUGUUUAAGGUCGCUAUUGAAUUCUCUUACGGAUGCUAUUUGUCUGUGAUGAACUUUAAAUUUCUGGUUCAAAAUUUCAUUCCGUUUUAUUUAUGCAAGAGAUUGAAUUGAAAUUCACCAUUGCUCUAUAAAGAGAGAAAAAAAGAAAAGGAUCACAAUUACUCUGUUCUAGGAUUAGCCUUGCCAUGAUUGAACUCUAUCUUAUACAAUAUCAAAGUAAUCUUUUAAUCUAUUGAAAAAAGUGAUCAACAUAAUUUUUUUCAAUUUAUUGAAUUGUGGAAGUGGAUGCUAUUAAUAGGAUCCUGUAAAUUCCUCUGUAGUUUGGCUAGGCCCUGAAUAUUUUAUUUUCAAUUAUUCAGGGUUUAAUAAAAUAAAAAUACCUCAGAUCUUACGGGACCAUUACAUAGAACAGAAAGUUGUUUGUCAAAUUAGCGUGAUAUCUGAAAAUGUUUCCCUACCAAAAAGAAAAAAGAAAGAAAAUGGUUGACAACUUGACAUCUCUGCAGAAUUUCAGAAUUUCCAGUGAAUGAUUUAUUGUUAAUGGACAAAAUGCGUGGAAUGGAAGCUAGCGAGGGCUCAAUUUGAUCUGAUUAUCCUUUGAAGGAAGCCAAUUGAUUCUUGAAAACUGAUGGUCUGCAUGCGAAGUGGCAAACAGAACGGGCUUUCUCUAUGAAGAGGAUUACCAUAUCUUUUGCUCAGAAAGUGACAUUUGCUCCCUAGUGGUUAUUGGAGAAGACUUUUCAAGCUUGUCAAGUAUUUGUAUUCAUGUCUUAUUAUUCAGUAAAUCAUGACGAGCAUGAGAACUCCAGCCAUAGUCUUCCAAGUAGACGAGAUUCUGAAAUGGGAAGUAGCUUUCUGGUUGAAUCUGGCAUCUAUGUGACAUCUUUCGCUGCGAGCAUCUUCAUUGCAGCCCUUGUCACAUUUGGAGCUUUGGUAUUUACAUUGGUGAUUGCUUUAGCCUUCAUGUUGGAAUCUUGUCAUACUAAGACUAAUGGAAAUAUUGAGCUUGGAAUGGCUACCAAGGAACAUGAUUAUUGCAGAAGUUUAGCUUCGAAUGCUGAACUUAAUGGUUUUCAAAUAAAUGAGCUCCUUGCUGACUGCAAGGACUAUGUAGUUCACUACAUUAAGAAGGAUCGAUAUCAUCAUGAACUAAAUAUGAGCAUUCAGGUAGUGGACAAUUACCUAAGCACCUUGGUGCCAAAUAAAGAUGGUUUGGAUGUGAUCUUAAUGGACAUUGAUGGGAUUUUAUUCUCAAGCCCAUCCAAUUACCAUGAUCAGACACGGUUCCGGUUGUACCUUCAGAGCCUUGAUUUAAGGAAUAAUAAGAUUGAAAAGGCGAGGGAUUUAGCGAAUCUGCUUAAUUUGGAGUUGUACUCUAAGCUCAGAGCUGGAGGAUGGCUUUUGGUUUUGGUCACAAGGAGGCAUGAGAUGCAGCGGAAUUCAACUGUGGAUGCCCUCAUCUCAGCUGGAUUUAGUGGCUGGUCUUCUUUAGUUAUGAGAUCCGAUCAUGAGAUGCCAAUGGAAAGUUGGGAAUACAUUUUGAGGAGAAAGGAGGAGCUCCGAAACCAAGGCUUUCAUAUUGUGAGUGUGAUAAGCAAUCAGUGGGAUGCCCUAACUGGUCCUAGAUAUGAGGCACAUAAUUUUAAGCUUCCAAAUCCCAUUUAUUUACAAGUAAUAGAGAAACAACUACAUUUGAAAAAUGCACAGGGAUAGUCUCUCUCUGGAUGUUCAAAAUGCAGUCUCUCUCUCUCUCUAUCUAUAUAUAUAUAUAUAUAUGUGUCUAGAAGUUACACUGUAAAAAAAGAUAAGACAAUACAUGACAUGUUUGCAAUGAAUUUUUUGUCUUGUGA